AUGGCCGGAUUUCAUUCAUAUCCCUCAGACUAUUAUAAUCGACAUUUCUUCAUGGCUAUGCAAGAAGAGAAAUCUGUAUGGAAUACGGAUGAUUUAUGUAUAAUGGAUCGACUUGAAACUGGUAUGGUAUUGGAUUAUGUAGCUAAAUUUGUACGAUUGCAACAAAAUUUACCUUAUUUUGCUUUUUCAUUCGCAACAACCUUAACUCAUGACGAGUUUAAUAAUGCUCAGUAUGCGGACCUUCCACUCCUAAACUUCAUAGGAGAAUUACAUGAGGACCAGCUUUUGAAUAAUACCCUCCUCAUCGUCUUCAGUGAUCAUGGGAUUCGUUUCGGAAACUAUCGUAAUACUUUCGAAGGGAUGAUGGAGGAAAGACUGCCGAUGAUGUAUCUGGUUUUUCCCAAGUGGUUUAAAGAAAAGUAUCCUUUAUAUUCGAAAAAUCUUGAAUUAAACACGAAACGUCUUACUACCCCGUUUGAUAUUUACGAAACAUUGAGAGACGUAUUGAAUUUUGACGACAGGAUUAUCCAACGAAAUGGAUAUAAAAAUAGAGGGAUAAGUCUCUUUAGGGAGAUUCCACAGGAGAGAACAUGUCAAGAUGCAGGAAUUGCACUACACUGGUGUACAUGCGUGGGACAUACAGUCGCAAAUAUCUCGGAUCUUACUAUCAAUUUUUUGAGCGAUUUCCUUGUCCGAAGCUUAAACAGAAAGUUAAGUCAUGUUCUCCAUAAAUGUGAGAGGUUAGCUUUGGAAGAAAUUAAGCAUGCGUCAAUAGUUCAAAUUUCUGAACCUGUUCUUGAAAGUAGAAAUAGAAAAGUAAAGUCCCAGGCACAUUACCAAAUAAAAAUCAAAACAAAACCGGGAGAUGCUUUAUUUGAGGCCACUAUAUUCUAUGAUGAAAGAUUUCGUUUUAGAAGACUAGAUGGUGACAUCAGCAGAAUAAAUAAGUACAGUAAUCAGUCAUCAUGUAUCAGCGAAAACCACGAACUGCUGAAAUACUGUUUGUGUCGGAAGUAAAUUAUAUGUUUAAAUUAGAAGAUAUGAAAGAAAUAAGAAAAAUGAUAU